AUGUCAGCUCUGUUGAAAAGACCAUCUCGCUAAAGAUGAAGACUGACAAAGCACCAGCGCAACAACAACAACAACAACAACAACAAUAUAAUCAAAAGAAAAGAAGCACUAAUAAUAAUAGUAACAAUAAACCAAAGGUUUCUACUGUAUUGAAAAAGACCAGUGUAUCAGCACCUACGACACCGCAACAGCAGAGAAGGACAGUGUUACCGGUCAAGGCCAGAAGAGUCGAACGUCGAAAGGAAAUAGUGUCUAUGAAGAUUGAACUAUUAUCCGGUGCUUCUUCUGAAUCUGAUGACUCGUCUUCGUCUAGUGGUUAUUUCGAUAAAAAGAAGAAUAACAGACGUAAGAAGGCUUUAUCAGUGAAUCCUGCUGUUAUUGCUGUGCCAGUUAAGAAGAGAAUUGAACAACAGCAUCAGCAUCAGCAUCAGCAGCAGCAGCAGCAGCAGAAUCAGCAGAGUAGACGUAGGUCUAGUAGUGUGAUUGACCUCAGAGGCACAGUGUAUGCUGGCCCGACGUUUAAUAAUGCACCUGCUCCGAGUGCCUUGCCGAUUCCUGCCUUCUCUUCUGUUGACUUUAUCAAGAAAGAUCUUUCUAGACAUUCAAAAGAUUUAAUGAACAUUUUGUCUCCUCAACCCCAGUUCAAGAAUGAUUUUGAAAUGGAUCUUUCCGAAAUACAACGUGGUUUGAGAUCAAUGCUCAAGAUUUAAUCCCGCUUUUUUUUUUUUUUUUUUUGGAAAUAGUUUUAUUCUUUUCAUUGAUGCAUCAUACCCAACUUUCUUGUACACAAACACAUAUCCUCUCUCUCUCACUUUUGCUUGUUGUAUAUUUUUCACACUGAGAAUGGAUAUACUAUCUCUUUUUUUUUUUUUUUUUUUUUUU